AUGUCAGCGUCAACAGAUUCAUCUCUUACUGCAGAACGAGAUGAACCUCCACAAAUUCAACUGCUAGCAUCAACGGAUGAUGAUUAUGACGGUGUUAUCGUUGAAAUCAAUGACCUUGUUAUGGAUUCUACUACCUUUUUAUCCAUUCUCAGACCUUCUAUUUCUAACUGGAAACAACAGGGCAAGAAGGGCGUUUGGAUAAAAUUACCUAUUCAUCUGUCCAACCUUGUUGAAACUUUAACUAAGGAAGGUUUUUGGUAUCACCAUGCAGAACCAAAAUAUUUGAUGCUUGUACAUUGGAUUGCAGACAGUGCAAGCACAAUUCCGGCGAAUGCCACACACCGAGUUGGUGUUGGAGCGCUUGUGGUGAAUGAAAAACGAGAGGUUCUAGUGGUUCAAGAAAAAACUGGACAUUUUCGGGGAACUGGAUCCUGGAAAUUCCCUACUGGAGUUGCUGAUCAGGGCGAAGAAAUUUGGGAAGCAGCAGUUAGAGAGGUCAAAGAAGAAGCGGGAGUAGACUCAGAAUUCAUAGAAGUAUUAGCUUUCAGACAAAGUCACGCGUCAUUCUUCGAUAAGUCAGAUCUAUUCUUUGUAUGCUUGUUGCGCCCUCUUUCUUCCGACAUCAAAAUCCAAGAAGUAGAGAUAGAAGCUGGAAAGUGGAUGCCAUUUGAAGAAUAUGCAGCUCAACCAUUUAUGGAAAAGUAUGAGCUUUUGAGGCAGAUUAACGACAUAUACUUAGCAAAGAUUGAUGGACAUUAUUCUGGAUUUACUCCUGUAUCUACAAAAUCAAACUUCUCUAACCAGAAAAAUAGCUAUCUUUACUUGAAUGUUGGGGGCUUGAAGAGGUCUAAUUCUUUAUAA